UUUGGAAGAAUUUGCUUUUUCUCGGGAAUCCCAUUAAAAUUUGUAUAUUUAAAAGAGAAAUCUGGCGAUUUAAGGUAUUCAGAGCUGCAAUUUAUAAACAAGACUAGCAUUUUAUGUGGUGUUUGAGAAGAAAAGAAUAAUUCCAGAGCAUACAGAAUCAAAUUCGUUUGUGCAUYAAUGGAUGUCAGAAGCGACUGCUCGGAAACUCUCUUAGGAACAUGUCAAGCGAUGUGUUCCUCGGCAGAACAUCAAGAAAGACAACAGCAAAGAAGACUUAGUGUUUUCGAAACACCAUCGAGCUCACACAAAAACCUACCAGUAAAAGAAUACUCGAGAUGCGCUGCUGGAAAACAAACGAGUCUUUCUGAACUUCGACCCGAAGGAGUUCUUGUCAAAACUAUGAACUAUCUCAUUGACGAGAUCGUUGACCGCACUGAUCAUCCUUGGUCUACUGUUUAUCAUUUUGUUUUUGAUCGAAUAAGAGCCAUACGACAAGACUUGGUCAUUCAAAGAAUAGCGAAUGAAUCCACGGUAGAAAUUUUAGAAAAAGCUGUGAGGUUUCAUAUAUUYGCUCAUUAUAAACUUUGCAGCUGCYCUCUUGAGUCCUAUGAUCCGUUUAUCAAUGACAGCCAUCUUCAAGAGUGUCUAAAAAGGCUUCUUGUUCUUUAUGAUUGCAACAUGGCUUCGCAYAACAGAGCAGAAUUUGAGGCAUAUUACUUACUCCACAAUCUUGGCUCUCAUGAAGCCAUUGAGCGGAUUUUAARGUUGCCACUCAACAUCAAAACRCAGCAAUGCUUGAAAAUGUCUUUGGAUUUGAGUCUGAURCUUUUACUCGGAAACUAUGUGUAUGUAUUUAGARUUACCAAGAAAUUGCCAUUUCUAGCKUGCUGCCUUGUUCAGAAGCAUUCCWUWACUGUACGAUGCAAYGCCAUUGCAAUAUUGAACACUGCAUUUAGCAAUCCUAAUUGCAGAUUUCCUCUAGMAAUAUUYUCMGAAAUACUUGACUUUGKAAACAUUGAUGCYGCAAAGGAAUUUGUGUCACRAUUUGGYAUUGAAGUYGUUGAUAAUCAUAUAAAGUUCUCCAAGAAAACUUUCACUCCACAGCCAUUGAAAYCCUCAGAAGAUAAGAAUUACAGCWUGAAGUCYRUAGAAAAUAGUAUUCCAGGAUUAGGUAGAGACRUUUUGCAAGGGAKAGAAACUCAAUCAAAUGUAAGAARUGAAUCUGAUGGCACAACCUGUUUGUCAAUGAGAAAAACAGGUCAARCAGGAAACUGUGAARAGACMCAAGAUAAAGWACCAGUAGUUGUGUACGGCAGAGGGAGAGGAGUAAGGCAGUUUUCAACAGKACAAAUUAAUCCUCAUGGAGGGAGGGGUAGGGGAAGAGGAAGAGGGAGAGGAAGAGAAAGGAUUGGCAACAAUCCAUAAUUAAUUACCAMUUUCUAUUUUCUGUUAGUAAUUUUCAUAAAAUAAAUUGUGAGUUGCAUAAAAUAACUAAGAUCUCUUAACAACAAGUUGUAAUUUCAUGUCACAAAAUGAGUGUUUGAAUUCCAUUAAAAAAUCAUCCAUUGGGUUGACAAAAGCAC